AACCUAAAUAUGCAUAAUCUUCUACAGCCGUUCAACUCAAACCUAAACCAAAAUUUUCUUCUCUUCAUCACUGUCAAUCUCUGUCGCCGUUCCACCGACCACCGAUCACCGACCACCGACUAGUCUAUCUCUUCAGUCCAGAACUUCAGUCGCCUAAGGGUUAUCAUUUGAAAGCAGCAGGGCUUGUUAUUGAAGGUAUUGGCUUGUUUUCGUUUAAAGAUCUUCUUCCAGUAGUCUCUUCUUCACAUCACAUCUACAAAUAAUGUUCAAAAAAUUUUCCUCUGAAGAUGUCUCUGCACAAAACCAGGUGAAGGCAUCUGUACAGCGCAGAAUUCGGCAAAGUAUUGCAGAAGAGUAUCCUGGACUUGAACCUGUGUUGGAUGAUUUGCUUCCGAAGAAAUCUCCUCUGAUUGUUACCAAAUGUCAAAACCAUCUAAAUUUGGUUGUGGUAAACAAUGUUCCACUGUUUUUCAACAUUCGUGACGGCCCUUAUAUGCCGACCUUAAGACUUCUUCAUCAAUAUCCAAAUAUAAUGAAAAAAUUACAAGUUGAUAGGGGAGCAAUAAAAUUUGUUCUAGCUGGUGCAAACAUUAUGUGUCCUGGUCUUACAUCUCCUGGGGGUGUUCUGGAUGAAGAAGUCGGUUCAGAAACUCCUGUGGCCAUAAUGGCUGAAGGAAAGCAGCAUGCUCUUGCAAUCGGUUUUACGAAAAUGUCUGCAAAGGAUAUAAAGGCAAUCAACAAGGGCAUUGGAGUGGACAACAUGCAUUAUCUUAACGAUGGUCUUUGGAAGGUAAAAAAUGAAACUCAAAUUUCAACCUCUCUUUAUCUUAUUUGAUAUGUUUCUUUGUAAAUUUUAAUAAUAGAGUGAUUUUUAUUAUAUUACUAAGCAGAUGGAACACUUUUCUUAGAUUGAGAAUUUUGAAAUGGAAUAUUGACAUUCACAAGAUCAGAUGGAACAAAAAAGAAAAAGAACUUGUUUGAUGAAGCUCUUAUAAUUCCAUGGAUUCUCUUUCUCUUUUUUUGGGGGUGUUAGUAUUAUUCUCAAGAGGUAUCAUCUUGGCAUAUAUAUAUAUAUAUAUAUCUAUAUAUGUAUAUAUUUUGAUGAGGCCUUCUUGAAAGUUGGUUAAUGUUUUUUCCUUCUUUCCUUUUCUUUUAUGAUAAUAUGGAGUUGAACUGUUUAUCUAUCUAUAUUUAUAUCAUGUAUAAAAGAGAGAAGAGGACCAUUUUUUUUUU